AUUGAAUUAUACAAUAUUCAAAUAUAUAGCUCCAACUAUUGUCGGACUAUUUAGCCUAUACUAAACUAUAAUAUAUGUAAAGCUAAAAUAUCAUGUAGGUUUUUUAACUGAAAGCUAAAAUAUCAUAAAGGUUUUCUGAGACGUCAUUGGUCCCAUAUUUCAAUCUGUUUCAAGAGGAGAUUCACGUCAGUCGGCCAUUCAGAUAUAAUGUCCAUACAGUCGUCCUCCUCUUUAAAUUUGUUUUAUGUAAAUUGUUGUCUUUUUAGAAUGUAUUUUUCGUUAUGUGUCGUACCCCAGUAAGACUAGCUGUCGCCAUUGGCGUCGGCUAAUGGGGAUCCUAAUAAAUCAAAUCAACGUAAGCCUACAAUUCGACUAGAGAGGGUCAUUGCGAUAUAGGAUGUUGUGAGGUCAAAUUACAACAUCGAAACAUUGUCAUCAUACAGGUAAAGGAGGUAGCAUAAAAUCAAUGAUAGCCAAUAACAUCCGAACAAAAAUCGUUUUCAUUGACACUGCCCCGUUGUUGCAGUUGUUGCUAAACUUGCUUUUCAGCUCUAGUGUAAGUGUUACUUCCGUGUUCAUACCUUGAUACACCUGUGUUAUAACUGCAGUAGAUUGGCUACUGAAGCCACCUGUCGCGUACUAUUGCUAUUAGCCUAGUAGGCUAUUUGACGUGCCAUGAGCGCGGAGCCAGAAUCAUGUGAUUUGACACCUGUGUCUUUGCGAGACGACCCAGACACUGGAGUGGAAGUUCGAGAAAGUUCGGGAGACUUUAAUAUGGAUUUACAACAGCCGAUUUUCUUCUCGUUGGAUGUACACCAACAUGAAACUCAGUCAGCUAAAGUCGUCUCCAGGUUGUCUAGAAAGGCUGCUGCUACAUCAGUGGUGACCACCUCCGACUCAGAAUCCGGUAUAUUCUCAGGUGAAUCGGAACUUUGCAUGGAACAUGAAUCAGACCUGGACUGGUUCUGCAGCUCCGAGCAGAAACUCAUAUGCUUGCACUGCACCAUAGUGGGAUCCUGCCAGGGCCACACAGUGACACCCCUGGCCAGCAGAGUGACAGCCGUCAGGAACCAACUGGUUGACAUAUGUGAGAAAAUGCAGCUGCAGGCCCAGCGCAUCGAGCGCUUUAUCAACCAGACCCUGACUGCUAAAGAGCGGGCACUGCAGGUAGAGGCGAGCGGGGCUCGGGAGCAAGUGGUGGCCCAGCUCAGUGUGGUGAGGGAGGCGGUGGAGGAGGAGGAACAGCGGCUGUUGGAAGCGGUGCAGAGGGAGGAGGAGAGGGUGGAGCAGUGCCUCCUCACCCAGAGAGCCCACUGGGGCCAGGCCCUGGCUAUGCUCACACAGACACGCACACGUCUGGUGCACACCCUCACAAACACACCGGACAUACAGCUGGCAACCUCUGGCCAGGAAAUAGCUGAGAGGAUUGAGGAGGCAGAGGGGGUGGGUGAGCCUCAUGACACCGACCAUCUCAACCUGAACGCCAGCUGUAGUGACAGCAAACUCAUGAGGGGCCUGUGGGCCAGCGCCAUACUGCUGGGACCAACUGCUUAUGGUUCAGCAAAUCUAACAUUUGACGAGCGCACCGUCAGCUCCGUACUUUCCCUCUCAGAAGACCUUUGCACUCUGACCUUCCUGCCUAAGCGGUCACGCCAGUCACCGCCCUACGACCCGGCGCGCUUCGACUGCUGGCCCAAUGCGCUGGGCACCCUGGCCAUCUCCUCCGGCACCCACAGCUGGGUGAUUGAUAUGGGUGAGAGCGGGGCCUUCAAGGUGGGGGUAUGCUACUCCAGCAUGGGGCGCAAGGGCUCGGGCAACGACUCCCGCCUGGGCUACAACGUCCAGUCCUGGGUGCUCUCCAAAUACGAUGGGGACUUAUCCUUCUGCCAUGCGGGGAAGAACACACCCCUGCAUGUGGUCCACAAGCCCAAGAGUCUAGGGCUACUCCUGGACUGGCCUAGUCAGACCCUGGUAUUUUAUGACCCAGACUCCAGUGCUGUGUUGCACUCGGUCAGACACGCCUUCAGUGGCCCGCUGCUGCCAGCAUUUGCUGUGGCUGACCGCAGUGUCACCAUACUGCACUGACCUCUGAAGUACUGUAACUGCUGAAGUACUGUAACUGUAGUGUCAAUGAUAUAGAAUUACGGGUAACACUUUCAUAAGGCAUAUCAUAUGAGUUGAUAAUAUAACAGUGAAAGGGUUCAUUAAUGCUUACAACAAGUAGUACUGCAUUAUACCUGCUGAUAAAAUGGUACUGAACUACUUAUAAUAUUUGUACAUCCUACUAAUAGAAUACUAUCAAAGCUUCACAAUGUAUUUGAAUGUAAUCAAAUUGGCCAAAAUUAGGCCCUUAUGUCUGUCUGCAUUGAAGAGGUAUGCAGAAAGUUUUUUGAUGGGAGAUAUAUUUCUAAUUUAUUCUUUGUUUAUUUUAGUCUGAAGUAAUGAUUCUGUAGAGAUUUCUGUAUGUGUCUGUUGAUAAAAUUAUACAAUAGUC